CUGUCUCCCCGCCUUCGUCACGGGCGUAUGUACGCACGGCAGAUCCUGGGGCUCCCGACUCGGUUGUGACGGGAACCGCUAUUCUCUCUCCCUCUUUUUCUGUAUCUCGUUUCCGCCUGUUACACUGCCUCUGGGAUAGAGGAGGAAAAUCCCAGGGACGAAGCCGAAUAGUCACUGGCUGGAAACUCCGAUGGAUUAGUUUUAAAUCCCCCCUCUCCACACCACCACCACCACCACCACCACCGCACCUCCUCUCCGAAGCCAGAGAAUGGGCUGCGUCCAAUGUAAGGAUAAAGACGCAGCAAAACUCACCGAGGGACGCGACGCCGCUCUCUCGCACCACCCGGGUUAUCGUUAUGGCGCCGACCCGACGCCGCAGCACUACCCGCCCAACUUCGGGGUCACCACCAUCCCCAAUUACAACAACUUUGGCGGCGGAGGCGCCACGCAGGGGGUCACCGUCUUCGGAGGCGUGCACACGUCCUCGCAGUCGGGCACGCUGCGAUCCCGAGGAGGGACGGGGGUGACGCUGUUCGUGGCGCUGUACGACUACGAAGCCCGGACGGACGAUGACCUCAGCUUCAGAAAAGGGGAGAGGUUCCAGAUCCUCAACAGCACAGAGGGCGACUGGUGGGAGGCCCGCUCCCUUACCACAGGUGGAACUGGUUACAUUCCAAGUAAUUACGUCGCCCCGGUGGACUCCAUCCAAGCCGAGGACUGGUAUUUCGGUAAACUGGGCCGGAAGGAUGCCGAGCGGCAGCUGUUGUCCAACAGCAACGCCAGAGGCACCUUCCUCAUCCGGGAGAGCGAAACAACCAAAGGCGCUUACUCCCUCUCCAUCCAGGACUGGGACGACAUCAAGGGUGACCACGUCAAACACUACAAGAUCCGCAAAUUGGACAGCGGCGGUUACUACAUCACCACCAGGGCCCAGUUCGAGACCCUCCAACAACUCGUGCAUCACUAUUCCGCCAGGGCGGCAGGACUGUGCUGCCGGCUGAUCGUGCCCUGCCACAAGGGCAUGCCCCGUCUGACGGACCUGUCCAUCAAAACCAAAGACGUCUGGGAGAUCCCCAGGGAGUCGCUGCAGCUCAUCAAACGCCUCGGCAACGGGCAGUUCGGCGAGGUCUGGAUGGGCACGUGGAACGGCACCACCAAGGUGGCGGUGAAGACCCUGAAGCCGGGCACCAUGUCACCGGAGUCCUUUUUAGAGGAGGCUCAGAUCAUGAAGAAGCUGCGUCACGAUAAGCUGGUGCAGCUCUACGCCGUGGUUUCCGAGGAGCCCAUCUACAUCGUCACCGAGUACAUGAAUAAAGGGAGUUUGCUCGACUUCCUGAAAGACGGAGAAGGACGAUGCCUGAAACUUCCGAAUCUGGUGGACAUGGCGGCUCAGGUGGCAGCUGGCAUGGCGUACAUCGAGAGGAUGAACUACAUCCACCGAGACCUGCGCUCGGCCAACAUUCUGGUCGGAGACAGUCUGGUGUGUAAGAUUGCCGACUUCGGUCUGGCCCGGCUCAUUGAGGACAACGAGUACACGGCCAGACAAGGUGCAAAGUUUCCAAUUAAGUGGACCGCGCCCGAGGCGGCGCUCUACGGGAAAUUCACCAUCAAAUCCGACGUGUGGUCCUUCGGUAUCCUGCUCACGGAGCUUGUGACCAAAGGCCGGGUGCCCUAUCCAGGCAUGAACAAUCGCGAGGUGCUGGAGCAAGUUGAACGAGGCUACCGCAUGCCGUGCCCGCAAGACUGCCCCACGUCGCUCCACGAGCUCAUGGUGCAAUGCUGGAAGAAAGACCCCGAGGAGAGGCCCACCUUCGAGUACUUGCAGGCCUUUUUGGAGGACUACUUCACUGCCACCGAGCCUCAAUACCAGCCGGGGGAUAAUCUUUGAGUGGCUUUUCCACAACUGUCCAGCAGAGGGAGCCAGAAAUCUUGCUCGCACCCCACUCACUGUGCUGUCUCCUCACCUCUUCCAAGACACACACAAACAUACACACAGAGGAAAGAUGACUAUCAUGAAGGAGAUGAGCCAGCGUUGGAUGCCAAAAAAAAAAAAAAAAAACAGGGAGCUGUGUGACUUGUACAAAGUGUAAAUACAAAAAUUGCUUGGUUACUUCUUUCUGUUGGUUCCAUUCAACAUUCUAUUUUUUUUUUAUAUUUUUGGAAAACGGUUCAUUCAAGUCCCAAUGAAAGAUAGAUAAAUUAAUGUUGAUAAAAAUGUCAAAUGAAAAUUCGUUUUUGUCGAAUCCCCAGUAUAUAUAAUUGACGCUCAACAUUUUCAACACACACGCUUGGCUAAAUUGUUGCAAAAAUGUUUUUGAACAUGUUGAGAUAUUUUCUUUGUGUUGUUUUCUACCAGGUUUAUUAACAUUACUACUCCAUGUAGUACUGCUACUACUGCUCUUCCUCAUUUUCUCAAGGAACUCUGAUGUACUAUAACACCCAUUCUUGCCUUUUUCCUCUUUAGUAAGACUCUGUAAGGAUUUCCCAAACUGGAUCCAUACCUAAACUUCACAAUUUACAAUUCAAUAGGAAUUAACAACACGAUGUGCCUACUCGAUGAUCAAUAACUGAACCCCAGAAUUGUAUUUUAGGUCCCUGACGCCAGUUUGGGAAAGCUCGCUGUAAGGAAAAUGCCUUCUAUUAAUUGCCUAGCAAACUCUUCCACCCCGCACCAACACAAAGUGCAAAUGCAAGCAAAAAAAGAAAAGAGAGGGAGGGAAAAAAACUGCCACUCCAAAAUUGCCAAACGUGUUCGAGACCAAACAUGUUUACAUCUUUUCCGAUCCUUUUAAGAGUGGGUGCCUGCGGCGCUUGGGAGCGUUCCAUGCCAGCCCUUCCUUGUGUGUGUCUCUUAUGUGUUGUUAUAAUUUAUUGUCUCUGUCUAAUUACCUGUAAAUGGUUUGAAAUUAAAAACAACAAAAUAA